AUGAAGCCACCUCAGGACUCGCUUCCUCAAGGGAGAAACCAUGAGCUGUGGGAGGCUGUGGCUGUGGCCAUGGGCUGGCUGGCAGAGGGCCGGGCCUCGCGGGGGCUGGUGCUGCUCGUGGUGUUCGUCGCGCUGCUGCUGGACAACAUGCUGCUGACGGUCGUGGUACCAAUCGUCCCCACCUUCCUUUAUGCAACAGAAUACGAAGGUGCCAACAGCUCUGCUGCCCCAGCCCCAGCUGAGACGGCUCCUCCAGCCUUGGAGGCUCCUUCUUUCUCCUCCUUUUUCUCCUACUUUGACAACACCACGGUGACAGUCUCAGGUUCCACGAGCUCCGUGGAGAAUGGGCCAGGGAGCAGCAUCCUGCCACAGCCCCCCACCAGCAGCUCCCCGCUGCCGAGCGGCUGCCUGGAGGGGGACGAGUUCCUCGCCAAGGAAAACGUCCGUGUGGGGCUGCUGUUUGCCUCCAAAGCUCUCGUGCAGCUGGUGGUCAACCCCUCCGUCGGUCUCCUGACCAACAGGAUAGGAUACCACAUCCCCAUGUUCAUCGGCUUCAUCAUCAUGUUCCUCUCCACAGUCAUGUUUGCUUUCUCAGGCACCUACACCCUGCUGUUCAUCGCCCGAGCCCUCCAGGGCAUUGGCUCGUCCUUCUCAUCGGUUGCAGGCUUGGGGAUGCUGGCCAGUGUGUACACAGACGACUGUGAGAGGGGCAACGCCAUGGGGAUCGCUCUCGGCGGCUUGGCCUUGGGUGUGCUGAUCGGGGCACCCUUUGGCAGCCUGAUGUACGAGUUCGUGGGGAAAUCCGCUCCCUUCCUGGUCCUGGCGUUCCUCGCCCUCUUGGACGGAGCUUUGCAGCUCUGCAUCCUGCAGCCCUCCAAGAUCUCCCCCGAGAGCACCCAGGGCACACCGCUGCUCACCCUCCUGCGGGACCCCUACGUCCUGGUGGCUGCAGGAGCCCUCUGCUUCUCCAACAUGGGGGUGGCCAUGCUGGAGCCCACCUUGCCCAUCUGGAUGAUGCAAACCAUGUGCUCCCCAAAGUGGCAGCUAGGGAUGGCAUUUCUCCCUGCCAGCAUUUCCUACCUCAUCGGCACCAAUCUCUUUGGGAUUCUGGCUAACAAGAUGGGCCGGUGGCUGUGCUCCCUGGUGGGCAUGGCUGUGGUGGGACUCAGUCUCCUCUGUGUGCCUCUGGCCAAAACCAUUUACGGGUUGAUUGUCCCAAACGGGGGGCUUGGCUUUGCCAUAGGGAUGGUGGACUCCUCGGUGAUGCCGAUCAUGGGGCAGCUCGUGGACCUGCGCCACACCUCUGUCUACGGCACUGUCUACGCCAUCGCGGACGUGGCCUUCUGCAUGGGCUUUGCCAUCGGCCCUUCUGCAGGCGGCACGAUCGUCCGAGCCGUGGGGUUCCCCUGGCUGAUGGUCGGCAUCGGAGCCAUCAACAUCGCCUACGCUCCCCUCUGCUGGCUCCUGCGCAGCCCCCCCGCCAAGGACGAGAAGAUGGCCAUCCUCAGCCAGGGAUGCCCCAUGCAGACCAAAAGCUACACCAUGCAGAAGCCCCCUCGCGACUUCCCCCUCACGGAUGACAGCGACGUGGAGGCAGAACACGCGCAGUAG